AUGACUUUGAUAGGUAAAGCUCUUCACUUUUCAGUUGAUUUGGUUCUCAUAUCGACUUGUUUAGCUGGAAUCAAGCGGAACACGGGAAUAACGGUAAAGACGCAAACCAUCGGUGACGAUAACGUAAGAGGAUAUAUUGGCAAGUAUCUAAAUAUCGGAGAAAGUUGCUACGAUUACACGGUCGCGACAUUGGCUUCAUCUCAAUAUUUCGUUAGAAAAUGA